AUGUUGGAUAUUGGCAAUUAUUUGCACAUCUUGAAUCAUCUUGGCCCAUGGCAAACAUGGGGGGUAGACACGUGGCCCAUUGUCGCAGGCGGAAUACUGCACUCUGGUGGUGAAGAGUCGUUCUGUCCAGCUGCAAGAGCACGAGCAGGCUGCUGCGACUCCGCGCCACCUGCGACGGACCUGCGCUGCCACGCCGCACGGGAGCGACUCCAGGCACAGGGUGAAGCCAGCGCAGACCCUGGCCGCUGGAGCUUCUGGGGACGGACUAAGGUUCUCUCUGUGCCAUCUUCGCCUUCACUGGCGGCACUGGAAACUCCUGCGGUGGAGGAUGAAAUGUUGGAGGGUCAAAGUGGGACAUAUGAAGCAGUGCAAAGAGAGGAUGUAGAGAGAGAGGACUUGGCUUUUAAGUACAGACCUUCGGUGGGGAGUUGGCUUAUGCCAAGGCCUUGCCGAAUCCCAUGGCCGGAUGCUUAAGGCCAGCCAUGGCCACAUGUAAAUCAAGGCUUCGAAGAAGAGCCGGACAUGCCAGUGGAAGUUGCGGCACACAAGCCAAUGAGGUGGACGAGGUGGAUGAAGUGGCAGAGAUGGAAGGUGAGAGCUCGGCUCCCCACUUUGUGAAGCCAAGGAUGACUUUCGUUUCAUGCCAUCUGUGGGAACUUGGCGUCAGCCCAGGCGGGGUGUGAAAAACAGCGAGACUAGAGCCGGCGUUAUCUCCCGAUGAAACAAAUCCGAGAGAAGGGACCGAAGAUUGAAUUAGAUGAUAUUAGAUGAACAAAAAUCCAAAAUCAGCAUGUGACACGACAAGAGCAAUGCAGCGAUGCACGACAGCAGUCCUCUUUGGAGCAUGAGUUGGCAAGCCAACUACAUCUCGAAUCCUGAAUUCAGUGCCUUCCCACUGUGUGUCCAAAAACAACGCAAAGAAUAUCAGCGGUCUUGAGAUUUUCGGAAGCAAUUGGAAAGCAACUGGAAAGCAGGAAGGUUCCGUCAUGUUCCGUCAGUCUGGUUUUGCUGUCAACAGCUUUAUCUGCAAGAUACGAAGAGUACCCUCCUCCAGAGAUGCCAUGCCAGCUUGGAGGUCCAAGGUUCCUAAUGC